UCUAAGGCCUCAAUUCAUACGCGAGGACUACAACACCCAGGUUGCCCUGCGGUCGGGAUCCUGCGCCACGUGAUCUUUCCGGGGUCGCCCCUCCGGUCCUCCCUCUCCAUCAGCUGGAAAAUGGCAGUGCUGAGCCCUGGGGAGCGCUGGGCUGAAGCAUUGAUUGAUGAGCUCAGAAGAAAUGCAUGUACAUCGGAGGAAAUGAGAGACAACUUUGAUUACUGUGGGUGUAGUGACUGUAAGAGGAUAAAAAAGGAACAUCUCUGUGACAGUGGCAGGAGUCAGUCAGCGUCUGGGGAAGGUAGCAUGACCUACACAAAAGAACAGCUUCUUGGGGUACAAAGAAUAAAGAACAGUAAGAAUUACUAUGAGAUUCUAGGUGUUGGGAGAGAUGCCAAAGACGAAGAAUUGAAAAAAGCAUACCGAAAACUUGCCCUGAAAUUUCAUCCGGACAAGAACUGUGCACCAGGAGCAACAGAUGCAUUUAAAGCAAUAGGCACUGCUUUUGCAGUUUUGAGCAACCCUGAAAAGAGAUUACAAUAUGAUCAAUUUGGAGAUGAACAGGAGACUUGUUAUACCAACCUGCCCAAGCAUUAUAACUAUUACAGAGAGUUUGAAGCAGACAUCACACCAGAAGAAAUAUUUAAUAUGUUUUUUGGAGGCAACUUCCCAACAGGAAAUAUCCACAUGUUUUCAAAUUCAUCCAUGGAUCCUCCAUGUUAUCAGCCACGGAACAGACAUGAUAGGAUCUGGACAGAGGAAGAGGAGGAGGAAGAAACUAGACCCCAGAAUUCAUACUCUGCAUUUAUCCAGUUACUGCCAGUUUUUAUUAUAAUAGUUGUGUCAAUAGUAACUCAACUGAUGGCAACUAACCCACCCUACAGCCUCUUCUUCAAGUCGAAUCUUGGGCACACGAUUGUUAGAGAAACACAAAAUCUACAGGUGCCUUACUACGUUGAUAAAAACUUUGAGCAUAACUAUAACGCCGAAGAGCUUGAAGAGCUUGAAAAACACAUUGAAAAAGAUUAUAUCGAUUAUAUCCAGACUAGCUGCAGGAAAGAAAAACAACAAAAAUCUGAGCUAUCGAAUUUGGCGAAGCUGUACAGAGAUGAGCGGCUGAAACAGAAAGCAGAAUCCGUGAAACUUGAGAACUGUGAAAAGCUCUCCAAUCUCAUAGGACUACAAAGGAGUCGUCAGUGGGCAGAGGCAUGAAGGGAGCGGCACUAACAGGCCAUGUGUGCGAUUGCGAGGAAUUUCUUCUUGGUUCUGUUUUCCUUUUUAAAUGAAGAGGAAAAGCAUAACGUAAAGACUUAAUACUUAGUAUCCUCCUCUUCAUCAUCCUCAUGUACGUGGAGCUGAAUGAACUGAGCCCCAAGAGGCAACACUUGCUGUAACAUAUACAGUAUAUUUUGUUCCAAGGCCCAGUAGUGUUUCAGUGUUGAUGAUUCCUUGGCGAUUUAAUUGCAUUCGGCAACUGCCUUCAUCUGAUCCUUUGCCGCCAUUCGGGGGCCUUGUAGAUGUUUCCUGGGAACACAGCCCCCCUCAUUCUCACUGGUGUUGCCAUAAGCAUAGAGCCCACAAAAUCAGAUCAGCCACUCUCUGAACGUCUGACAUUGUCAUUUCCAUGUUCCUCUGAAGCUGCUGUUUAUCACACUUUCAGCAAAAGAGAGAAGGGACAAGAUUUGGUUUUGAUAUAUACCUACUCUGUUUCAACAGAGCUUGCAAUGAAGGCAGCCUCAAGGAUGUAACCCUCUUUUUAAACAGUCUCGUAGUAAAUAGAAAAACCUGGGCUUCAUGUUUUGGUCCUCAGGGUGACCUUGGGGCAUUCAGAUUUGGGGCGCUAUGAUUUUUGUACGUCCAUGGAACAGCUACAAUUGCACUCCGCUGAGUUUCAUAUGCUGGGAUCUUGGAAUCUUUCAUGUAACCGGAGGUGGAAGAGUUAAUGAUUGAUCACACCAGCUGUAUUAACAGUUCUAUAGAGUUUCUUUACACAUCCAUCACCAACAGCACUAUAUAGAAAUACCUAUAUACAUGUUUAGAUUUGUAGCAGAUUGCAGCUACACUGUGACAUACCCUUAUUGAAAUAACGGUUUGAAUUCCUAAGAGGCAUUAUUAAAUAAAAACCACUUAAUUUUUAAAGCUUUUUUAAAUACAGGCAUGUUUUCUUUAUUCUGGUAAGCUAUUAUUAGAGACAAAGUAUCUGAUCUCAGUCUUGGUACUUAAAAUGCCCGUGAAAAGAGAUUAAAUGAAACUAAUGGAAUUUGAAUUAAUUUAAAAGACGUAGACAGCCUAUUAACACAAAAAGUUAAUUUGGCAGGAGGUUCCUGCUUAAUGAUUUCGUUUGCUUGUGAGCUAAAAGGUACUUGAAGAGAAUAACAUUUUUUAAGAGUGUGGGCUUUUGAAUAUUCUGGUUACUUGCUAAAGGGAUAUAAAUAAGCCUAGUGCGUUCCAGAGGUUUUGGUCCACAAUUCACAUCGCUGAUCAUUGCCCAUGAUGACUGGGGCUGAUGAGAGUUGUAACCCAAAACAUCUGGAGGUGAUGGCUGGCAUGUGCUUAUCCAACAUCGUGGUUAAGGUUGCAAUCCAAGCUUCACUGAAACUCAGUCAGAACUUAGUGGGACUUUUGAGUAGAUGUGUACAGUUUAGGAUUGUAGUGGUCAUUUAUGACAAAGUGGCGCCUCCACUGUUCUCCAGUUAAACCAGAUUGCGGAAUGAUACGCAUCCAUUUUGGCAUAUAGUUUAUCCCUUCCCUUUAUGUCAGUGAUUCACCUAACACCCAGGGACAGUUUUGUCCUAGCUGUGCUUGCUUGCACAGAUUCCCAGGUAACGUGUGCCUGGGAAUAUUUCUAAGUUAUAUUUUGGAGCUAAUGAUACUUUUAGGUAGCAAAUGACCCCAAAAUUUGGCCAGAGUUGCAAAAGGCCUCUGCUUUAUUAAUACCGUAUACACUCAAGUAUAAGCCAACUUUUUCAGCACAUUUUUUAUGCUGAAAGCAGCCCUUUUGGGCUGUUGGUUCUUCCUCCGCCGCUGCCGCCGCCACCAGGUUUGUGGUGUGGAGAACCAGCUUAUACUCGAGUCAAUAAGUUUUCCCAGGUUUUUGUGGUAAAAUUAGGUGCCUCGGCUUAUAUUCGGGUUGGCUUAUACUCAAGUAUAUAUGGUAAUAACAUUUUAGAAAUGACUUGGUUGGCAAACUGAAAGAAAGCUGAUUUAUAUUGUAUACAAAUUUAACUGAGUGUAUUAUUUGUUUGUCCCUGUUAGGCUACAAGUAAAUCUGUAGUCAACUGUAGCAUCAGUUAAAGACUUGGUUUACCCUUAUAAUUAAAUGUACUUCAUGUGCAUGGUAUUUGAAAAGUUCACUUCUUUUUUUUUAACUUCACGUUGAGCACAAUGUUUUAUUUAUUUAUUUAUGUAUUUAUUUGUUGUGGUUUUGGUGAGAUUAAUUUUUCUGAAUGUAAAUAUGGCAAUAUGGCAACUGUAUAUGACUUCAUUGAAUCUUGAUUGUACAGUUCAUUUUUCAUAAACCAUGUAGGUGUGUAUUGUACACCAGAUGACUAGUAAAUAAGGUGUGCUUUCCUUUAAGUCCUGAGUGAGAAAUCAGGAAAUUUAUUGGAGUGAUUAGUGGAUUUGAAGUCAACAGUUUUCUGUUAUUUUGGCCUCAGCCCUUGAGCAAUUUCACUAGGACUAUUGCAGUGUUUGAAGAUUUCGCCGUUAGUUUCGGAAACAAAAAUUUCAGUAUGUUGUUUUUUUUAAUAAAAAAAAUACCAAAAACAAGUAAUUUACAAAUGUAUUGCAUUGUUCAGCCAUGAAAAUGACAACUUCCGCUGUGUUGUAUGGAAAUAAGAAAUGAAAUAAAAGAUUAUGAGUAUCAAAGCUCACUUA